GGGGUUGUUGGGAAAAGAAAGAAGAAGGAAGCCAAGAGCAACAACAUGAUUACAUUACAUUACAUUAGUUCUCAACAAUCACGCCUUCCGAUUGCGAUUUGGUCUUCCUUCGCUACCAACCAAACAAACAAAACUCACCCACGCGUCUCCUUCUCUCAAACCCUAUCCACUUUCUAGGGUUUUUAUUUCAAUUCCUUUCUACGUAUCUGUUCGUGUUGUAAUUUCAGUCAAAUUAGAUGGAAGAGGGUAGCUGGUACCGCUUAAUUAAUUAAUUAAUUAAGAAGCUGUUGUAGAAGAAGAAUCGAUUUACAAGUCAGGAAUCAUGAUGAGCAUAAAGGAUUGGGUUGUAUCUCAGUUGGUUUCAAACUCAUUAGCCUCAGCAAGACCAUUGUCUGGCAAUGACACUUUCUUUGAAGGUGACCACCCUGCUAAUGAUAAUGUUCAUGGUUCUGCGCAAACUGCCAACGCUCCAUCACCCGAGGUGUCGGCCGAUUUAUCACAUCCUUCGGUUCCUAGCCAAGAAACCGCACCACCGCUACGCCAAGUCGCUUUCGAGAACCCUCGCCAGCACCAUCAUACAACCAAGGAAAAGAAUUUGGAUCCAUUAGCCAAGAUUGAGAUGCUUCAAAUCAAAUUCUUACGUCUUCUUCAUCGUUUGGGCCGCCCACAAGACGAUCUCAUCGUGGCCAAAGUUUUAUACCGGAUCCACCUGGCAACGUUAAUACGCGCUGGAGAAUCUGAUCUUAAAAGGGUUAAUCUCAGAAGUGACAAAGCCAAGGAGAUCGCAAUACAACAAGAAACAUCCGGUGUUCCGGAGUUGGAUUUCGAAUUUACAAUUCUAGUCCUCGGUAAAACAGGUGUUGGCAAAAGUUCAACCAUUAAUUCUAUACUUAAUCAGGCAAAAGCGAAAACAAAUGCAUUCCAACCUGCUACCGAUCGUGUGCAAGAAGUUGCGGGGACCGUCAAUGGAAUCAAGAUUUCUUUCGUAGAUACACCCGGUUUAUUACCGUCAUCGCCUAAUACUAUCGGUAGAAACCGGAAGAUUCUACACAAGAUCAAGAAACGUAUCAGAAAAUCGCCUCCAGAUAUGGUUUUGUAUUUUGAAAGGCUCGACAUGAUUAAUAACAAUUACAGUGAUUUGCCUUUAUUAAAGCUUAUAACCGAGGUAUUUGGUACGGGAAUCUGGUUCAAUACCAUGCUCGUCAUGACUCAUUCGUGUUCACCGCUUCCCGAAGGACCAAAUGGGUACCCUGCUACUUACGAAUCUUAUCGUACCCAAUGCACAGAUCUUAUACAACGCUAUAUUCACCAGGCGAUUUCCGACUCGAAACUUGAAAACCCGUUUCUGUUUGUGGAGAAUCAUCCGGAAUGUAGAACCAACGUCAAUGGUGAUAAGAUUCUUCCAGACGGGCAAAUUUGGAAAUCCCAGUUUAUUUUGUCAUGUUUAUGCACAAAAAUCUUGGGUGAUGUUAACAAGGUUUUGGAUUUCCAGGAUAGAAUUGAAUUGGGGGUGUCGAAUAGUGCGCGGGUCCCAUCUUUACCUCAUCUUCUUUCGUCUUUUCUUCGCCAUCGUAUUUCAAACCCUAAUGUAACCGAAAGUGAAAUCGACUAUAUUGCGCUUUCAGAUUUGGAAAAAGAAGAUGAAGAGUAUGAUCAGUUACCUCCUAUACGAAUCUUGACAAAAUCCCAGUUCAAAAAGUUGUCGAAUUCUCAGAAAAACGACUAUCUUGAUGAGCUGGAUUAUCGAGAGACCCUUUAUUUAAAGAAACAGUUAAAGGAAGAAUUACGUGCACGUAAAGAGAAGAAGAUUUCUGAAGAUGGUAACUUAGAUGGUGACGGGAAUAUUGAUCCUCCGGAGCCCGUGCUUUUACCAGAUAUGGCAGUUCCUCCUAGUUUUGAUUCUGAUAACCCGUUGCAUAGAUAUCGGUGCCUUGUUACAAGUGACCAGUGGCUAGCUAGACCGGUUCUUGACCCCCAUGGUUGGGACCAUGAUGUCGGGUUUGAUGGAAUAAACCUAGAGUCGGCUACCAAAGUAAGCAAAAACUUAUAUGCAUCGGUUACCGGACAGAUCAGCAAGGACAAGCAGGAUUUGAAUGUGCAAUCAGAGUGUUGUGUGGCUUUUUUGGAUCCACGGGGGCCCACUUAUAGCGCUGCGUUGGAUGUUCAAUCCUCAGGUAAAGAGCUAAUUUACACUCUUCAUAGUAGCACAAAAAUGCGUGUGUUAGAGCGGAAUAUAGCGGAAUGUGGAGUCUCAUUGUUGUCUUUUGGGAAUAGUUACUAUGCGGCUGUGAAACUGGAAGAUAGUUUUUUAGUGGGGAAUAGGGUGAAGUUUGUAAUCAAUGGUGGUCAAAUGAGGGGUCGGGAACAAGCGGCUUAUGGUGGGAGUUUGCAGACGGUAAUAAGAGGGAGGGAUUACCCUGUGCGAAAUGACAAGAUUAGCCUUACUAUGACGGUGUUAUCUAUGAACAAAGAGACGGUUUUGAGUGGGAACAUAGAGUCUGAUUUUAGGGUGGGGCGAGGGACAAAUAUGUCCAUAAACGCUAAUAUAAACAACCGAAACAUGGGGCAGUUAACCAUCAAAACAAGUAGUUCUGAGCAUUUGGAAAUAGCUUUGAUUGCAGCUGCCUCGAUUUUGAGGGUUCUUUUUAGGCGAGCGCGACAUGGUGGUUCAGUUAAGGAGGACCCUGAAGUUGCUUGAUCUGUUUGCUUUUAGUUUUGCGGUUCUGUUUUUUAUAAAGCAUAAAUGGUUUGUUUCAGUUGGAAGGGGAGGCAAAUGCAAUAAUUGUAAAUGUAUUUUGAGGAAGAGUUGAUGUAGGAAUUUUAUAUUAGAAUAUAUACAAUCAUGUCAUCUUGUUUUUGGGUUA